UUUCAACAUUGAGUUUAUUAGUAGUAUGUUUAGUUCAAUGCAAAAUUCAGGUUCUUUCGCAGAAGCAGUUCCUGGUUACAACAAUGAGAUAAAUCGACGUCCUUCAGCUGGAGUAACGAAUCAAAUUACCGAAAUAAUUUAUAGAUUUUACCAUCUCCUUACUAAUAACUGCAAGGAUAUCGCUUUGUUGUGUGAACCAGAUGUACGCCUCUAUUGCCAAGGUCAGAGGAAUCACGGGCUGAAAAACGUAUUAAUGUUUUGUGAAAAGUUUUUUAAUCUUGUCUAUACAAUUUCGCAAAUUGAUGUAAUGGACCUAGCAGUAAACACCCCAUACAAUCAAAUCGGAUUCAAAGUAGUUGUGUUUGGAUGUUUUGAAUCUAAGGACAAUAUAAAACAUUUUAAACAUGAGUUUAAGAUCGUUGACAUAGAUUCCAAUUAUAAGAUAACUAAAUGUAACUUUAUAUAUAAUAAUGAAUUCCUUUGGAAACUAAGAACAAUUCAAUAA